CCAAGAGCUUCACCUGGGGUGCAAGGAACCAAACACGUGAACCGUCUUCCACUGCUUUCCUAGGCCAUUAGCAGGGAGCUAGAUCAGAAGUGGAGCAGCCAGGACUUGAACUGGUGCCCAUAUGGGAUACAGGCAUCUCAGGCAGUAGCUUAAGUCACUCUGCCAAAACACUACCCCCUAGGUCCUGGGUCUUGCAAUCUGCCCUUUGGUCUGGCAAAGGCCUUGAACUGGAACAACUCAUGGGACUGAGCUGUGUGCACGUGGGGGGAGUGGUAAUCCAUGUCUUCCCGCCUGCAUGCUGCCCCUCCUGUUUCUACAUGUGCCAUGCCCUUCACUGGCCUCAUUCCACUCAUGCCUUAGCAUUGUGGGCAUUACAAGCAUUCCCAGUGGGCUACACCUUUCACCCUUCUCAUAAACUAUAAAACAUGAUCGAACUCUCAAUCAGACAUGCAAGUGUGAUAAUAGGAAGUCCAUCCAAACAUGUACCACGUGAGAGGGCCUUGUAUGUAUGAGUGUAUUCCUUGAACAGCCCUCAUGACUCUCUCCGCGUGCAAGGCUCCAGCAGUUCAUCUGUCCCCUGUCAAUACCCACAGUGUCACCAAGUGUGUCCUGGCCCUUAGGAGUCCAGCCAUGAGGUCAAAUCCCAGUUUCCCUAUUGGCAGCACUGCACUUUGGGCAAGAGAGGUUAAGUCCCUGGGCCUCAGUUUCCUCAAAGACCUGUAAUCCCCCUGCUCCCAGGUAUUCCUGGGGGACCAAGGAACUCUUGCAUGCCAAGGAUCAAGCACAGGGCUGGAAGUUCCCCUGCACACUGGUGACCAUGAUCGCUGAGCAUGCUCAGACACACGUCCUCAUGUGCAGGGCAUCUGAGCCUUUGCUUUGGCAGGUGUAAGCAUUGGCUGUCAAUCCCAGCACAUUUGCCUGGAGCAGGGGAAGGAUGGGGGCUGGGGUUCUUUCUCAGCUGGGGCCUUCUGGAUGGCAUGUGGGGAUGCAGCCCAGAGGACACUGUAUGGGGGCAGCCCCAGUCUAUUCGUUCUCCCGUCUUCUUGCAGGCUGUGGCACAGAUUUCCAUGCACUGGCUUGUGGGAGCCUUGUUGGGCCUGGGGCUGCUGCUCAUGCUGCUCCUGUAUGGAGGACUGCCAGGCCCCCCUGAGCAGACCUCUUGGUUCUGGAGACAGCCCAAUGUCACCAUCCUGGCUGCCUUCACCCAUGGCAACCCCCCCAUCUUCUACCGUGAGGCACGCCCCCUCCAUCGAGCACGAAGGGUGGAUGUGGUGCUGCUCCAUGGCAAGGCCUUCAAGUCACACACAUGGGAGCAGCUGGGCACCCUUCAGUUGCUGUCGCAAAAGGGCUAUCGGGCCGUGGCCAUCGACCUUCCCGGUUUUGGAAACUCAGCACCUUGGAAGGAGGCCAGCACAGAGGUGGGGCGGGCGGAGCUGCUGGAGCACGUGCUGCGGGACCUGGAGGUGCAGAAUGCCGUGUUGGUGAGCCCCUCGCUAAGUGGCCAGUACGCCCUGCCCUUCUUGAUGCGGGGCCACCGCCAGCUGCGUGGAUUUGUGCCCAUCGCACCCACUUCCACACAGAGCUACACCCAGGAGCAGUUCCAGGCUGUGAAGACCCCAACACUCAUCCUCUAUGGGGAGCUGGACCACGGCCUGGCUCAACAGUCACUACAGCAGCUGCGCCACCUGCCCAACCACUCCGUGGUGACCUUGCGGGGUGCGGGGCAUGCCUGCUACCUCCACAAGCCACAAGACUUCCACCUCGUCCUCCUGGCCUUCCUUGACCGCCUGCCGUGAACUCACCUACUACCCGGGGCCCCCACGUCUGGCCUGAACUUGAAGGGAGCUGGACUACUACCUCCACGUCACCAGGGAAGGAGCCUCCUGGGAUUGGAGGACAAAAGCAGAGGACAAGAUCCAAUCGGGAUCUUCAAUUCUUAUUUCACACGCUCAAUUUGUUUUAAGUCUGUUUGCCUAUUGUGGGAAGAGACAAGUUCCAUUUCCUGGCAUGUUUUGGGAGAGGCUAAGAUUGCAACAUUUCCUAGCUGAUGUCCCUACUGUCACAUUGUUUUCUCACCUAAAUGAAAUGCUGAAUAAUAACGGAGGCUGGGAGGGUGGUUGCAGGCUUGAAAGCAUUAGGGAAGCACCUGGGAACACACUUGGUACAGGACUUUGGGCAAGGGUUGGGGGUGGGUGACAGGUGGCUGCUAACAUAGGACCCUUGGGAUGGGUGGCACAGUAUAGACAGCAGGCAGAUUAGGAGUACAGAUGUUGAAGUGCAGAGGCAGAACAGGGUUGAAGUAAUGGCCUGCUAAGGGGCCGGUGUGGCGGUAGCAGGAAGAAGGAUGUUAUCAGUGAUGCCAGCAUUCUGUCCGGGUGCCUGAGGGUGUCCUGGCUACUACACUGUUGAUCUAAUAUAUUGCUGAUCACAUGGGGAAGACAGCAGAGGGUGGCCUAAGUGCUUGGCCCACAGCCACCCAUUUGGAAGGCCCAGAUGAAACUACUGGCUUUCUCUCCCGCUGUACCUAUGACAUUCACAUAAAUGAAUCUUUUUU